UUUGAAACCCUAAUUACUCUCUCCGCUCUUCCACACUGCGCUCUGCGAUUCCUCGAGAGGCAGGUCUUAACACUUUUAGUUUUCCUUUGCAGACUUUGUGAAAUCGCAACCCUAACUCUUAAGUUGAGUUCUUAGCAGGCUAACAGGAAGAAAUGGGAGAAACAAGAGACAACGAAUAUGAGGAAGAGCUCCUCGACUAUGAGGAAGAGGAAGAGAAGGCACCCGAUUCCGUUGGAGCUAAAGUCAACGGUGAAGCUGGAAAGAAGGGUUAUGUUGGAAUUCACAGUUCGGGAUUCAGAGACUUCCUAUUGAAGCCGGAGCUUCUCCGUGCUAUUGUGGACUCGGGAUUUGAGCAUCCAUCUGAAGUGCAACACGAAUGUAUUCCCCAAGCUAUCCUCGGCAUGGAUGUUAUUUGUCAAGCUAAAUCUGGUAUGGGUAAAACUGCUGUUUUUGUUCUGUCAACACUGCAGCAGAUUGACCCUGUUGCUGGCCAAGUUUCUGCCCUAGUUCUGUGCCAUACUAGGGAGCUUGCGUACCAGAUCUGUCAUGAGUUCGAAAGGUUCAGCACUUAUCUUCCCGAUCUGAAAGUUGCAGUCUUCUAUGGUGGAGUGAAUAUUAAAAUUCACAAAGAUCUUCUGAAGAACGAAUGCCCUCAUAUUGUUGUUGGAACACCGGGAAGGAUAUUGGCAUUGACAAGAGAUAAGGACCUUUCCCUGAAGAAUGUGCGGCAUUUUAUCUUGGAUGAAUGUGACAAGAUGCUUGAGUCACUUGAUAUGCGGAGGGAUGUACAGGAAAUCUUCAAGAUGACUCCUCAUGACAAACAAGUUAUGAUGUUUUCGGCGACACUGAGCAAAGAAAUCCGCCCAGUUUGCAAGAAGUUUAUGCAAGAUCCAAUGGAAAUAUAUGUCGAUGACGAGGCAAAGUUGACAUUGCAUGGUCUUGUCCAGCACUACAUCAAACUGAGCGAGAUGGAGAAAAAUCGGAAGUUGAACGACCUCCUUGAUGCAUUGGACUUCAAUCAAGUGGUUAUUUUUGUUAAAAGUGUUAGUAGGGCAGCUGAGCUGGAUAAGUUAUUGGUGGAGUGUAAUUUUCCAUCUAUAUGUAUCCAUUCUGGCAUGUCUCAGGAAGAGAGGUUGACUCGUUACAAGGGUUUUAAGGAAGGACAUAAGCGGAUUCUUGUGGCAACAGAUUUGGUUGGUCGAGGAAUUGACAUUGAACGUGUAAACAUUGUCAUCAACUAUGACAUGCCAGAUUCUGCUGAUACUUACCUGCACAGGGUAACGUGGAUCAUUCCUAUGUAUUUUGUUUCUCAUUAUACCAUCUACAUUGGGCUUCCAAAGUGUGUAUAUUUUGUCUUCCUUCAAAAAUCUUACAGGUUGGCAGAGCUGGAAGAUUUGGCACCAAAGGGCUUGCAAUUACUUUUGUAUCAUCUGCAGCUGAUUCUGAUGUUCUCAACAAUGUUCAAGAAAGGUUCGAAGUAGAUAUUAAGGAGCUUCCAGAGCAGAUUGAUACAUCCACAUACAUGCCAUCAUAGAUGUAGAGAUCUUCAGCAUAGAAUAUCGGCUACCUGGGUUGCCUUUGUGGUUCACAUGUCAUUGUGGUUCGAAUCCAAAUCGGACUCGAAAUGGAUGGAAGCCACUGCACUAGGCUUGGAUGCGAGAGGGUAAUGUGCUCUUGAUGUGGUGGUGGUGGUGGUACACGCUGCUGCCAUUUGAGUUUAUUGUAUUCUAAUUGCUGGGGCUGUCUUGCAUGGGAAGUCUCUUUAUGAAUUUUAUUCUGAACCACGAAUGAUCGAAAUGUAAUAUUUUAGAUACCCCUUUCUCUCCCUGCAAGACAGAACAAUUACGGUAGACUGUUGUUGGUAGUGUUUGCAGUGAUUUUUAUGAGACUCCUUAUGUUCUCUUUUGUUAGUGCCUAUUUCCAGAUGUUUAGAUGUCCA